UUAUUUGGAUAAGUUAUUGAAGUCAGGAAGAAAAUAUGCGUUGAAUUUGAAGCUCUGACUAGAAAUUAUCACUUAGAAGUUAACACAAACUCGAUAUUUUUGAACUUCAAGUUUUUGUUUUGUAUUGAGUUGGUUUUACAUAAUAUAUUUACAAUAAUUUCAAGAACGUAUAGCAAUAUAUGGGUGAUUAAUGCGAGGAAAAUACGUUAUAUUUUAAAAAAACUCGCAAAUAAAAUUGAAACUUAUGUCGGGUAAUCUCGAGAAUGGGAAUUCUAGAACUUGUAACUAAAGUAUGAAAGAAUAUGAAUUGAAAAAUAGGAAACAAGCCAUCGUGACAGGAAAAUAAUAUGCGUCAAAGAUUGAUCAUCCGUUAAAAAUAGGUAAUACUUUAAAGUUGGAUGAAUAAAUUGCGGUUACCUUCUUGAGGAAAUCUAGGGAGCAUAAUGCAUCCUAUAAGCACGUAUCUAUUGGAGGAUGUGGUCGCUUCCGUCAAUUAGAGUUUUAUUUCAAUUUUGAGAAUAGUGCAGUCUAGGAAAAUGGCUCGUGGACACUACACCGUUCAGAAAGGCUCGCCAUUUGCGCGCUGCAAACCAUGGAUUGUGGCGUUUGCAGUUCUUGGCAUUUUAGCACUAGUCCAAGCAUCCAUUUUGAUGACACCAUAUUUAAUGGAAGACGAUAGGCCUACACCAACAUUUGAUGCAUUAGAAAAUCAUCCUGAGUCAUCAAACAUAUCAACAGUUAUAACUGAAACUUAUCCUUCUGAUACUGGUUCAACACCGAAAUCUACUACCUCGUUCGAUGAUACUGAUGUGCAUACAACUGCUGCAUCUACAAUGCAUACGAAUAGGCACUCUGAUGGAGAAUUUGAUAUUCUUGUACUAGGAAAAUGGAAUACUUCUUUAGAUUUUGAAAACUCAACUAAAGCUAUGGACUCAUCAAAUUCGACGGAAAGCACUACAGUACUGACUGAAACUACUGAAACUGAAGAUAGUGAGAUUGUAGUGUCAUGA